AUGAAAGCAGAAUUAGAAUUUGCAUUGUUGAAUGCUGGCAACUUGUUUUGUUGUCUAGGUUUCUCACUUAUAGCUCCGUUUUAUCCAGCUUAUGCUAAAGAAUUCAAUGUCUCUAAUACAAUUUUAGGCCUGAUAUUUGGAAUGAAUCCUAUAGGAGGUAUGUUGGCUUCGUUGAUAGUUGGUAAACUAUUAAAUAAUGUAAAUUAUUUAUCCAUAUUUAGGGUAACCAAAAGACGUUUUUAUAUUUAGGUCUCAUCAUUCAAGCUAUAGGCUAAUUUUAAUUUCCACUACUCUCUUUAGUGCAUUAGUAAGAAUACUUUCUAACACUAUCUUUCUUAGGUAGAUUUUUAAGUGGAUUUGUAUAAAUAUUGAAUAUUCUAGGGAGGAUGUACAUUUUUAACUCCGUUUUAUGCUUCCAUACCAUAAAAAUUCCCAGAAACAACAGCUCAAAAAAUGGCUAUAAUUGAAUUUUUCUCUUCAUUUGGCUAUCUAGCAGGAGCAGUUGCUGGCUCAAUUCUUUAUGAAAUAGGUGGAUUUUAUUUUCCGUUUUUAAUAUUUGGUUCGGCAUCGGUUUUAAUUGCAUUAAUAAUUAAAUUCAGCUUUUAAGAAAAUAAUCAGAUACUUACUUAAAAAUAAUAAUAAAAUGAGAAAGAUAAUUAGAUUGGAUACAUAACAAUUUUAAAAGAUUUUUCAGUACUGACAUCUUUUAAUGUAAUAUUUUCGAUGUGUCUUGCCUAUUCAUAUUUUUAACCGAUCUUUGCAAUAUUCUUUUAAGAUUAAUUUGAUGUUCCACCUGUUGAUUCAGGAUACUAUAUGUCAUUGGCUCCAUUUUCAUAUUGUUUAGGGGCUUUCUUAAUCUCAAGGAUUAAGGUUCAUAAAUAAAUAACUAUCCUAAUUGGUAUUGGUGUAGUUGCCAUCUCAGAAUUUAUGAUGGGACCAGACCCUCUAUUUGGAAUUAGGCCAUAAUUACAUUUGACUAUGAUAGCUUAUUUAAUAUUUGGAUUCUUUAUUGCUUUACCAUAUGUGCUAACACUUCCAUCUAUAAUUGAAACUUUAGAAUUCCGCUUUGAGAAAAAAGACCAUGAGAAAUGUAUUUGUUUAGCAUCUGGAUUAUUCAAUUCAAUUCUUUCAAUAGGUGAGUUCUUGGGACCUUUCCUUUCUGGAUUAAUUACAGAAUAUUUGGAAUUUCCAAGAUCUUGUAGUAUUCUGGGAAUAUAUUUAAUCUUAAGUACUGUCUUAUACAUUCCAAAUGUAUUCCAAAAUAAAUAUAAAAUAUAAAGGGUAAAAGUACAGACUUUUGAUGAAUAAUUAUGA